CAUCUUUGCGCCGUUCUCAACAGAGCAGAUAUACCGUUCAGCUCGAACGCGACCAGGAGGAGAGUAGAGUUUGAAUUGAAUAUCAGAUCAUGAAUCCCACAGCAUUAUUCGGAGGCCUGUGGCCGGCGCUGGGGCUGAACAUUGACCAUUGGUCUAGUCCCAGGGAUAUAUCGGACAGCGGUAUCUCUGGCCAGGUCUGCACAUGCCAGAUGUGUGGAACUGUUGCUCCACCGUAUACAAUUAACCUUUAUGAAAUUCGAAAAGUGGGUGAACUAGGCUGGACUUUCUUUUUCUGCCUUAAACACGUGCUCGAUUGUGAUAACAAAUCCAACGGUGUCUGGGAAGACCUUGAUACUCUCUCUCGGAGAACUUUGGAAAUUGUUAUACUUCGGUUGAUUCGAGCUCUCGAAGCCGGGGCGCGCCCACCAAACCGUGCCUAA